AUUCAAGUUCUCGCUUUGUUCGAAGUCACAUACAUUGAGCCUAGCUCGUGAGAGUGAUUUUCCAUUAAAUUUUUGGCCAAAUCUCACAAGUAUUUGUGAAUUCCAUAAAAUAGAGGCAAAUUGUUUGUUUGAAUCUGAGUUUAUCGUGAAUUUACAUUGAAAUCUUGAUGCGACGAAUAUUUCGGUGAUGGUUAAUAAAAGGAAGCGACGAUGUCAAACACCGAAGCGAAACAACCGAGCAAAGCGACAACGACUAGCAAAUGACAAUGAAGUGGUGUGUGCUACACAGAUUGUAGACGUAAACAACGAUUGCCUUGAGCAUGUGUUCAACCACUUGAGCCUGAUGGAUCUUAUCAAUGUGGCUAGCGCGAACAAACAGCUUGGACCAGCCGCAGCCACUGUUUUUGCUCGCAAACAUGGAAAAAAGAUGGUGGAGAUCUUGGCCUGUGACUUUUCAUCAAAAUUUUCGGAGACAGAGGCAGUAGAGGUGACCAAUGAUGCUAUUCUCAUCAGCAAACCGGCGGUAGCUUUCAGAAUUCUGCGUCUUUUUGGUGAUGUUAUUUUCAACAUAACGAUGAGAGGUAAAUGGCCCUUUCAUGUCGAGCGAUUGAAUGAACAGCAAAUACCUUUGGGCAAACAUACCUUAGCCUAUAUCAACGAAUACUGUUCAGACAGCCUGAAAUCACUUGCACUCGAUAGCGUUGUUUUCAUGUUUGCAGACGCAAAAAAGCCAUACAAAAAUGUUGAAGAGCUUUCAAUCGAACAUGGAACCAUUGGAUUCGAGGCAUCGCAAUUCAAUGACACUUUCCCGAAGAUGCAUCGCUUGAACUUAAAUUUCAAUGCUUUUUCCGAUCACAAACACUUUGCCGGUAGACUUGAGCAGCUUGAACACUUGAAAAUCGGAUUCUUUGGUUUGUGCGAUGGACUCACAAGAACCGAUGUGAGAAAGAUCAUAUGUCUAAAUCCUCAACUACAAAGUUUAAGCCUUAUGGGUGACUUCAAUUUGAAAUUUUGGGACUACGCCAGCAAGCAAUUGAAACAACUCAUCGCUCUGGAGCUAUACUUUGACCAAGAUGGUUCCCAAAAGUACCCAGUUAAACCGAUCCGAUUUGAAUGUGUCGAAACCCUCAAAUUGAACAUUGCUCCAAGUGAAAAUAAGUGGAAGCCAGAGAAAGUGUUGGUGUUCAAACAACUCAAACAUUGUAGACUAACCGGUCGUUUGAAUGAUUCUUGGAUUGAUUUUGCCGUUGGGAGCCCAUCGAUUGAGAAACUCGAAAUCGUCAUGAAAUUUCCACACUCAUUUUUUUUCACUGAACAUCAAAUGGCACAACUCGCUGCGAAUCUCCCGAAUCUGACUGAAUUGAGCAUGACUCGGUGCUCAUGUUCCGUGAAAGCAGCAAUUCGAUUUUGGAACGAAAGCCAAACUGUCCGCAAAUUUACAUUGACAGUUUUUGAUAAAGAUGACCUGGACGAGCUUUACUCCAAGAUCACAUCGGAUUGGAACGCAACCAAAAUGCGCGAAUUAAUUGUAAUCGAACGAAAGGAGUAGUUUCGGGUGUUUGACGUUACAAAUAGUUUUCAUCUUGGAAUGCCUUCUGCAUUCGGACUAUGCUUGAAUGCAAAUUGAACAACAUACACACAUAUCGAAGUACCAAAUCAGUUGGUAGCUUUAACAGUUUACUCAAUAUGAUUGUAACACUUUCGUUCACAUAAAGUGAUUGUUCUUUUUCAUUGAUACAGAUAUAAUUAACAUCAAAAUAAUUGUUUGAAUAUAAACCAAUAGCCACAUGAGAUCUAAUUUUUGGCAAUUUGUACCCAAUUUGUAUUAUUCACGUUUUUUUCUAUUCUAUUUUACAAUAAAAUUCAAUUCAUGAAAUUUCAAAGCAGAAAA